CGGAACAGCAACAACAUGUGGAGGAGGCACAGAGAAAAUUGGGGUAGACAAAGAAGCAGGCCGCUGAUCCCUGGCCAAGUGGCGAUGUUGUGCAUGUCGUCGACGAUGAUACACAAUAAGAGGAGUAGCGAUGUUUCUAACAGAAGAUGAGGAUGUCACAGGCAAUGGAGGCGGAACAAUGGGAAGAAUAAAAACCGCAGAAUCGGUUCUCAAACGAGACUGUGGAGGAGAUGGGGGUAGCAAGGAGGAACGCAGCCGUCUGCGGCCAAGCACAGAAAGGGAUGAAAGGGGGGUGGAUUGGGCAGGAUGUCGGAACAUCGAACACAAGUGUCGGGCUGGGGUAGAGGAAGCUAUACCAACCGCACGUGAGCGGGAACUCAGGGAACUCCAACAGGUCGAAAGGGUCUGCGAAAGGUUAGAAAGAGAACUGAAAGAGACUACUGAUAGAGAAAAAGAGAUAAAGAAUAGAGCUGCCAGGCUUGAUACACUAGAGACUGACAAAGCUGAGUUAGAGGGAUUGGACGAAACGGGUUCGUCCGACCCCAUGAAAGUGUUGAAGAACAACAAGUUGUCACUCCACGCGCAUUUAGACAGCAGGUUGGACUUCAUGCAGAGCACUUUGGACCAGAUCCUGGAUGUAUUGACAAGGCCAGGAUUCAGGCCACCAGCACAAUCGUUGUUGCCGUUAACGGCGAUGUCAGGUCCCUUUCCCGUACAAGCUGGCACACAGCCAAGUGGUACGUCUGCAGCAGUCUCACAGACUGUUGCGUCUUCUUCUUCGAGUCCAGUGGUGAUUCCUACAUCACCACAACAACCUGUUCAGCAAUCUGGACAGCCGCAAGGCCAAUGGUAUCCCAAUACCCCAAUGAAACCGCCUCUUGCCUUCUCAGGCGAGAGAAAGGACGAGGAACUCAACACAUGGUUGAGGACAGUCCCGGUUUGGGUGAAGGCAAAAAGGACCUUGCCAGAGGAUGAGGUGGUAACUGCAGCGUCUUACCUAGAGGGUAAGGCAGCCAAGUGGCUAGAUGGUGUAGUUGUGAAGGCCGGGUACGGGCGACGCAUGGCGGAUUGGGCUAAGUCUUUGACCUUAGACCAAUUCAUGGAGAUGGUAGAAGCUCGAUGGCAUAACCCACAGGAGGCUCAAAGGGCCACUGAUGCCAUAAACAAACUUGACCAACGCAAGUUCAGGUCAGUUAGGGAGCUUACGACUACCGUGGAGGCCCUGAUCCUCGUCUCGGGCAUCAACUACAUUGACCAGUUCUUGUUAACAACUUUUGUUAGAUGUCUUCCAGAGAACAUCAGGAACUUACUGGCUAGUGAGGCACGCACCGAGUACCACUCGUUUGAGACAUUGUCUAGGAAGGCCUUAGACUUAGAGGCAACACUAGGCAAUGCUCAACCCACCUCAGGGAACGACUCAAAGAAGAAGAAGAGUCCCCAGGAGUGGAAGAAGAAGGGGGCGAAGUUGAUGAUGGUUAAGUCAGAUGGGACCCAAACUGAAAUCGAUGAGCUCUCUGACUUGGUGGACUAUUCAAAGUGUGACGGCGAGGAGGUAGCUGAGGGUAGCACCCUCGCCGCGGUAGUAAAGACUAAGGCAGGUGGCCGAGGUAUGUACUACCUCGAAGUUGCUAAGCCCCAGAUCGACUGGGAUAAGAAGGUGCUCAAGCAAAAGUUGCCCGAUGGCCGAACUGUCAGAUUGACUAAGUUCAAGGCCAUCAGUAUUGUAGACUCCUAUGGCUGCUUGUGUGCAUCAGCAUUCUACAACUAUUACAAGCAAAACAAAGAGGAGGGUAUGUACCUUGUUUAUGUCUCUGAGAAGGGGGAGGCCGUUAAAACACCCCCAGAGAUAGAACGCGUUGUUGCUAAGUUCCCUGAUCUGUUCGAGGAGCCCAUAGGAGUUGUUGAUAAGGACGUCGUCCACACUAUAGAAAUCAUUUCAGGGAGUAAGACCCCAAAGGGAAGGAUCUAUAGGAUGGCCCCUGCCGAGUUAGAUGAACUUCGGAAGCAACUCAAGGAACUGACAGAGAAGGGAUGGAUUCGGCCUAGUACUUCCCCUUACGGAUCACCCGUACUAUUCGUACCGAAGAAGGGGGGUACUUUGAGGAUGUGCAUUGACUAUAGAGGCCUCAAUGCCAUCACAGUGAAAAACGCAGAGCCUCUUCCUCGCAUAGACGACCUAGUGGAUAGGGUGCAAGGAUGCAAGUACUAUACGAAGAUAGACUUGAAAUCUGGAUAUCAUCAGAUCGCAAUAAGACCUGAGGACCAACACAAGACAACUUUUCGGACUAGAUAUGGUCUAUAUGAGUUUGUUGUGAUGCCUUUUGGUCUUUGCAAUGCGCCGGGUACAUUCCAGCACGCUAUGAAUCGGAUCUUCUAUGACCAUUUAGAUAAGUUUGUCGUAGUCUAUCUAGACGACAUUCUGAUCUUCAGUAAGUCUGCCGAGGAGCAUGCAAAGCAUGUUGAGACAGUUCUCUCACUCCUGCGACAACACAAGUAUAAGGUCAACUUAGAGAAGUGCGAAUUCGGUCGCACUAAGAUACUAUACUUGGGUCAUGAAGUAUCCGCGGAGGGGAUUAGGCCGAAAAAUGCGAAGGUGGCUAGUAUUCGAGACUGGCCACGACCUCAGACUGUCACUGAGGUCAGAUCAUUCUUAGGAAUGUGCGGCUAUUAUAGGAACUUUGUAAAGAACUAUUCUACAGUCGCCUCUCCUUUGACUGAUCUAACUCGACAUGACACCCCGUGGGACUGGAGUGAUGAAUGCGAAGGUGCUUUCAAGAGUUUGAAGCAUGCACUCAUGAAUCAUGAAGUUCUCAUGGUUCCCGAUCUGCAAAAGCCAUUCAUAGUGACCACUGACGCAAGCCAAUUCGGCAUUGGCGCAGCGCUGGCUCAGCAGGAUGGGAAAAAGUUGAGACCGAUUGAGUACAUGAAUAGCAACGCACACACUCUCGCUGACGACCACCCGUCAGGAGAAGUGGUGCGAUGUGCUCGCAACCAAAUUGCGAGGCAGUCCGUCCACUGCAUGGGAGGAUCAUUAUACCCAGCGCCUCCGCGAUCCCUCCGAUGCGUCGUGUUGAGCAUUCUAUCCAGCUCGUGCCUAACUAUCGUGUUCACCAUGAGGCACCAUACCGACUCUCGAUUCCAGAGGCGACGGAACUCAAGCGCCAGCUUGAGGAGCUCUUUCGACUGUGUUUCAUUAAACCCAAUAACUCCCCUUGGGGUGCACCUGUCCUCUUUGCUCGCAAAGCGGACGGAACUCUCCGCCUUUGCAUCGACUACCGCGGCCUUAACCGUUACACGGUUAAGAACAGCUAUCCCACGCCCCGCGUGGAUGAGCUGUUUGACCGUCUGGCAGGCAACCGCUUUUUCACGAAGAUCGAUCUUCCAGAUCCGCGUUGCUGCAGUGGAUCAACCGAAGACCGCCUUCCGGUCGCGUUUCGGCCACUAUGAGUUCACAGUGAUGCCAUUCAGCCUCACCAAUGCACCCGCCAUAUUCCAAACGACGAUGAACGAUAUCUUCAGGGACAUCCUUGAAGAAUACGUUCUCGUAUACCUGAACUACAUCUUGGUCUAGAGUCGUACCUUAGAAAACCAUAUCAGACACCUCCGCAAUGUCCUACAGCGCU